AUGGUUGCAGACGCGAUUCUCUACCACCCUGCCCUGGCGCACUACUUGCGCUUUGCUGCGACAACGGUGGGUCGUGACAAGAUUCUGCGUACACUCCAAUACUUCUCGCGCUUCUACGCCUGGUACCUUUACCGCACCAACCGCCCUCAAGCCGCCAUCGAGCCCUUCAACGCAGUCAAGAAGCAGUUCGGAACAACACGAAAGAUUCUCCGAAUUGGAAAGUUCAUUGAACACCUUAAGGCCGCCUCGGUUGCCUUGGAAAACAAGAGCCCCAUCGACCCAGUGCUCCGAUACCUUGCCGUCGGUCGCCAGCUCGGUUACGCCGGCUAUCUCACCCUCGACACCAUCGGAGUUGUUGACACCAUUGGUGUCAAAAAGCUUGCCUCGGCCAAGCGUUUGCAGGAGUCCGCCUACCGUGCUUGGAUGGCCGGUUUGGCCUGCAGUGCAGUCGCUGGUAUCUACUCGCUGUGGAGACUGCAAGAGAAGGAGAAGACCAUCGACCGCAAGGAGGGUGAGGGAGUUGUUGAGGCUAAGAAGAUUGAAAAGGAACGUUCUGCAGCCCGUAUCCAGCUCAUUUCGGACCUGUGCGACUUGACCGCGCCCGUCUCUGCACUCGGAUACGCCAACCUCGACGACGGAAUUGUCGGUAUUGGCGGUACAGUCAGCAGUUUGAUUGGUCUCUGGUCCCAGUGGCGAAAGACCGCAUAA